AGGAACAAGUGGAGAUUUUGAGCGGGGGGAAAAAACCACACACCAUGUUUUUCCAAGAUGCACAAAAGAUGAGGCGAGUCUGCAUAUUCUUCCAAAGUGUCCAGUGGGUUCUCGCUGGCUCUUGAAAAUCCAGAAGAUGGGAUAAAUCUCAUGCCCAUAUCGACAGCAGAUCUCCAAGAUGAACAGCCUCUGUGGUCUUGGUUGCGGCGCUGGUUUGGUGUCCGUGCCUUCGUUUUCUUCUUCUGACUCAGGUUCAUACAUGCUGAGUCACUGCUGAGGAGUGGGAAGGUCUGAAGAGUGUGAGAGAGAAGCGGCAGAAGGAGGGGGAUAGCCUGCUCCAAAGCAGCUUCCACAGAAGAGAGAGAGAGCAAGAGACACGACAAGCAAAGCGACAUAGAGAGAGAGAGAGAGAGAGCGAGGGGGAGAGCACCAGGCAGGGAGGGAGGGAGUGAGACGCUGACCCCUCCUCUCCCCUCUUCCUCUCCUCUCCUUCUUUCCUCCCCCCCUCCUCCCUCCUCACUCGUUCUGGAGCUGGCGUGUUGGAGUGGAGAGCACACCGUGACGGAGGCAUCAUGAGCGAUGUCACCAUCGUCAAAGAAGGCUGGGUGCAAAAGAGGGGUGAAUAUAUCAAGAAUUGGAGACCACGCUACUUUCUACUAAAAACCGAUGGAUCCUUCAUUGGAUACAAGGAGAAGCCACAGGAUGCAGACCUUCCCUACCCCCUCAAUAACUUCUCUGUUGCUAAAUGCCAGCUGAUGAAAACCGAACGGCCAAAGCCCAACACGUUCAUUAUCAGAUGUCUACAGUGGACCACAGUUAUUGAGAGAACUUUCCACGUGGACACUCCAGAGGAAAGGGAUGAAUGGACAGAAGCGAUCCAGAUGGUGGCUGAUAAACUCCAAAGACAGGAAGAGGAACGGAUCCAGUGCAGUCCCACCUCACAGAUAGACAACAUUGGAGAGGAGGAAAUGGACAUCUCCAUCAGUCACCACAAACGCAAGACAAUGAAUGACUUCGACUAUUUAAAACUACUGGGAAAAGGCACUUUUGGUAAAGUCAUUCUUGUAAGGGAGAAGGCCAGUGGGAAAUACUACGCAAUGAAGAUUUUGAAGAAAGAGGUUAUUAUUGCAAAGGACGAAGUGGCUCACACGCUCACCGAGAGCCGAGUGUUGAAAAACACCAGACACCCGUUUUUAACUUCUUUGAAGUACUCAUUCCAGACAAAAGACCGCCUCUGCUUCGUGAUGGAGUACGUCAAUGGAGGAGAGCUGUUUUUCCAUUUGUCGAGAGAACGGGUGUUCUCAGAGGACCGCACGCGCUUCUAUGGUGCCGAGAUUGUCUCUGCCCUCGACUACCUGCACUCCACCAAGAUAGUGUACCGGGAUCUCAAGUUGGAGAAUCUCAUGCUUGAUAAAGACGGCCACAUUAAAAUCACAGACUUUGGUCUCUGUAAAGAAGGAAUCACUGAUGCUGCUACUAUGAAGACGUUCUGUGGAACACCAGAGUACCUGGCACCUGAGGUGCUGGAGGAUAAUGAUUAUGGCCGGGCAGUAGACUGGUGGGGUUUGGGUGUGGUGAUGUAUGAGAUGAUGUGUGGCAGGCUGCCCUUCUACAAUCAGGACCAUGAGAAGCUUUUCGAGCUCAUCCUUAUGGAGGACAUCAAGUUCCCCAGGACGCUGUCAUCCGACGCCAAGUCUCUCCUGUCAGGCCUGCUCAUUAAAGACCCCAACAAGAGACUUGGUGGAGGUCCAGAUGAUGCGAAAGAAAUAAUGCGACACAGUUUCUUUGCUGCAAUUGACUGGCAAGAUGUUUAUGAUAAAAAGCUGAUACCUCCCUUCAAGCCUCAGGUGUCGUCAGAGACGGAUACCAGAUAUUUUGACGAGGAGUUCACGGCACAGACGAUUACAAUAACUCCCCCUGAAAAAUUUGAUGAAGACGGGAUGGACUGCAUGGAUAACGAGCGGCGGCCGCAUUUUCCUCAGUUCUCCUACUCAGCCAGCGGGAGAGAGUGAGUCCCUCACAGCCAGCACUGCCUCAUCGUCGUCAUCAUCAUCAUCACCACCACCACCACCACCACGCUUACCACUGGAACAGACUCGUCCUUCAGCUUUUACCCAGUCAGACUUCACCCAAACAAAGCUCUCCUUCUCCACUGGGACUCUCAUCAUCAUGCUGUACACAGGCCAAGAGCUCCAGGACACGCUUGGCUUUUAAUGGUAAUGGGAAUUUUGCACGUCGGGCUGAACUGAAGUCCAGUCCUCUUAAACGCCCCGGGCUGCUGGGGAGAAGAACUGUGGUGUUUGUUUACGUUUGUGUGUUUUGUUUUGUUUUGUUCUGCAUUGAGAUGCUUAACUAUGUUCACAUGCCUCCUUUCAUUGGGUCCAAAAGCACUGAAGCUACAGAGCACCUUUCCCUCUCGGUCCAUCCCUGUGUGGCUGAGCAUUAAUUCACAUGAGCAUUAACGUUUAAGCGCCGCGUGUUGUGUGAUGUCUGAUACGAAGUACAACCGAAUGCCUCUGUUCUUUUUGUGGUGUCCAAAACUGCCGUGACAGUAUACUCAGGCUGCACAAGUGUUGAGUUCAGUAAACAUGCUUCAUUUAUCCAGACAAGGCCUCUCGCACCACUAGCCCUCGCGCCCAAACAGCACUGCGACACACACUGUCUGUGUUUAUGGCAGUAAUGUCUGUGUGUGUGUGUGUGUGUGUGUGUGUGUGUGUGUCGGUAAUGUGUGCUGUGUUCCUCAGCUAGCAUUUCUGUCUCACUGUGGCACUGCAGGACUUUUCUUUCUUUUACUUACUCAGCAAACGGGUUGAGAAAAGAAACAUGAUGAUGGAGGGGGAUGGGCGGGCCACGGGCGGGCCACAUUCUUUGUUUUUGAUGUUAUGAGCUGAAUAGUCCUGUGAAUCUGAGCCAUACAGCACUGUACCUCCUGAUACUUUAGGUACGAUUAUCUAUUUGGGUCAGAAACGCCUCGACUCAGAACAAUCUGAUCCAAAACGUAUGGUGUCGAUUGUUUUCUGCUAUUUGCCCAGGAUUUCUGUUUCACAGGUCAUUCCACAUGAUUGAUUGUAAGGGUAGCCAAGGGGAAGCUAUGGCCUAAUGGUUAGAGAAGCAGCUUUGGGACCAAAAGGUUGCCGGUUCGAUUCCCUGGACCAGCAGGAAUGGCUUGAGCAAGGCACCUUACCCCUAACUGCUCCUCAUACAUACUCUGGGUACGUUGCACGUCGCUCUGGAUAAGAGUGAAUUGCGAUCAUUCCGGUACAUUUGACUACAAGAGUCCUAAUGAACUCGUAAUAUGACGGAGACUGAGCUGAAAUCAGUAACGCGGAACAAGAAACGUUCUCUUCCACCAGUUAGUGUGAGAUCAGUGUGGCUCAGAGAAUCUCACAGCACCUGACCGAGUGCACAUGCACUGUCGUCUUAUAUUAAAUAAAAUAAAGCAGUUCUAUUUAUCCUACUUAUAACGAGUGCUUUCCAGACUUCUAUCCUGGACACACAUGAACCGAAAAUGGCUUUAGAAUGUAAAUCAGGCAAUGCAAAGGCCUAUUUUUUUUUUCUUUUUGUUUAAUUUUUGUUCUUAUCCCACCCCCAACAUGUUCUGGUGAAGACAGCACCCAGGAAGGAGCCUGUUCACAUCGUCAAAGCACUGCUGCUUUUCUGCACACUGAGUUUUUGUGGUGAAGUGCUGCAUAACCAGGUUUUUCUCAGACGCAACCACACAACCGCUGCAGGAUCUCACACUUCGCAGUGUGCCUUCCUCUGCUGACAUCCCUCGCGUGGCCAGUACACUUCUCAUCCGAGCUCUUACCUCUCCCAGGUCGCUUAUAAACGCUUAUAAACAGGUGUACGCUGAGAUCGGGAAUCUUCUUAGAUGUGCUAAGCUCGAAGAGGCACCUGUAUUUCGAGUCCUGUAGAUGCUUCCUGCUCCCGUUCCUACUCCAGUGGUUGCGUUCGUCAGUCAGAGGUCGCUAAAGUGGCCCAUAAAGAGCGGAGAUGGAGGCGAUUGUUUGAGUUAUGAGCCGAAUGUACGGUUUGGUGUGACGUGUGAGCGGUUGAGGUGUCGGCACGCGUGAAUAAUGCUUGCUGUGGAAGGAGACGAUCGCUGCGUGAGGACGUCUACGGAUGAUGGACGAUGGCAAGGCAUUGAUGUCACUGGAAGAAUCCGAGUUGGUCAGACCAAAUCGAAGUGUUUUGUGUUUAAAUGUACGGUACAUUCCUUGAUUCUUAAUAGUGUUUGGGAAUAGUUUCCUGUCUCUUCUUUUUAUUUCAACAGAUGGCGGUGUUCAGUUUUCCGGCGAGCCUUUGGGUUUAGCUUACAUGACUGAGGUGUCCGUGAUAAGUUUCAGUUGUGAAACUAAAUCAGAUGGAUCAGGUGAUAUAGAACAUGAGGUGCAGCAAGUAGCAUUGCCGUGUCACAGCUGCAGGGUCCGGGGUUGGUCUCUGUGCCGAGUUCCUGUGCACACGUGUCCGUUUGGGUUUCUUCCUCUCUCUUAAACAAGACAGUAGGCGGACUGACGACUGUAAAUUGCCCCGAGGUGUGUGUGUGUGGUGCCUGGUGUUGGACUGGAGUUCCCUCCAGGUUGUAUUCCCGACUCGCUCCUGUAAAAGGCUCGGGAUUGACCGAGCGGGAUAAAGCGUUUAUUGAUUAUGAACGAACGAACAUUUUAACAUCCCAUUAAGCAGCUCAGCAGUGUUUUAUGUGUAGAGAGAAGUGAGUGGAUGCACAGGUGGAAUGAGGAUGAUGAGGUUGGUGUAAGGGAUAAAACAUGAGGAAGAGGAAGGUGCUGUGUUGGACUUGACUGUCGCUCCUCUGUAAGAGAAGACUAGGACUAGUCGAUGCAGGUUUACUAUAAACGUGUGUGAAUUCUAGCUGCGUGUGAUCUCAGCGUUCGGAUGGACUGGUACAGAGAUGUCACAUGUCCUUUGAUGACUAGAGAAAGGACUUAGGAAAUGAAACGCUAAUAAACGUAGUCACUGCACUGAUCAUGAUCGUGAAUUAGUCGCCUUGUUUUUUUUUUCCCAGCUGCAGUUAAUGUUGAGAAAGCGUCCCUGCUCGCAGUUUACUGUGACGAUGAGCUCGUAUCGAUGAGAAGCUGACGGGACCGUGCUACUGCAAAUCACACCGGCUUCUGUCUUCCAACACGCGCUUCUUUUCCCUGAUGAAACUCCGUAGUGUGAAGUGAACGCAGUCGGCUCAUACUGUUGUUCGUUUCCUUUCAAUUUAUUUAUCGACUUGAAAAUUGUUCCACUUUUUUUUGUCAGUGUUUUUCGUUUCUUCUUUGUUAGGUACGUUUUUAAAGUUGAGUGAUAUCAAAUCUGAAAAUUUAAAUUAAGCUUUCUUUAUUUUAUUUUUUAUGAUGCAGCUGUUUUUCAAUGUUGAGUCGGAUCACUUGUGUUAUGAAUGAAUCUGUGACGCUGUUUUCUUUAAGAAUGUGCACGUGUAGAGACAUUUCAGUAGAGAGAGAGAGAGAGAGGUGAUGCUGUGUGUUGGUACCUUGCGUGUAAGGGACCUGAGUUGAUGAUCCAGUUGAAACUGCACUCUGUUAAAGGGCCUUUGGCACUGCGGGCCAAAAACACCAUACACUUUUUAAAAUUCCAUAGUCGCUAAACUUGGCUUUAAAUUAUGUAUAACAGCACUUUCAUGUCCAUUUCUCUUUUUCUAUAGUUCAGAUAAAAUGAAAUAAAGGUCCCUGCUUUAAGAAGGAAAAAAAAAAGGACUUGAAAGCACACUUUCCCUUCACUUUUUUUUUUUUUUUUUAAAGAAUGAUGUAAUUUUGCUUUGUAAAGCGUUACGCUGUGAAUGUGGUGAGACACUGCCAGGAGUUUUGCUUUGGUGACAUUCAGACAGGCCGACUUUUCUAGCUCUCCCUCCUCCCGAGCGUCUCCUGGAGCAUUCUGGGAAAAGUCGGACCUGACCAGUGACGCCGCCUCAACAGUUACUGUCCGUGUUCAACUUGCUGACGAGUAUAAACGCGAGGAGCCGUGGCUUAAACACAGAAACCCAGUAUAAUAUGUCUCAGUCGUUGAUUCUUAGGCUGCUGGUGCUGGAAUAUAAACGUCCAGCAGAGGUACAGCACAGGCCUGCUCCUUCAGUAAUGAACUAGUGCGAGCGAAGGAGCCGCACGGUCCUGGCCAUGUGAGCUGAUGGGUUCCAUCCUUACUUACUGCAGGGUCUCGAAGAAAUAUUUUACACCUCAACGUACACACUUUGCUGCUACUGUUUGUAUCGUCUACAACAUAACUUCUUGUUCUCUUGCUCCUGGUAGUGUAUUAUGAACAAGCAUGAAUUGUAAAGUAUUUAUUUAAAAACAAAAAAGAGAAAACCUGAAAAAAGAGCAAAAAAAACAAACAAACAAACAAAAAAACAAACCUUGUAAUUGAUUUUACGGCCAUGUAGCUUUAGAGUUUGUGACACUUCUUGCCCUUGCUAGCUCUGUCAUUAGAUCCAUGUUAAGAUCUAGACAUGUGAUUAAGAUUUUUUUUAUGCAGAAGGGACUUGAUCCAAAAAAAAAAAAAAGAAGCAAACGAAAGAACAACUGUAUGAAAUGUUGUGAUAUUUAAUGACUAAAAGAGAAUGCUUAUUUCAUGACUAUAUGGCCCACAAGGAUGUGAAAACGCUGAUCUAUGAGAAACCUUUUUUGUACACUGAACAUCCUUAGUAUUUUUACAUGUAAAUGUAUAUGAUAGGGAUGCACAUUAUUUUCCUUCUUACAGACUGCUUAAAUAAAACACUAUGUCAAUCUGC